AGGUCCUACUCGGCUUCUGUAAUUUAAUUGUUGUUCUUCAUGGUGGUCCUUGGAGAGCAAAUUGUGUUUUGGUGUUGGUACUAGCUGAAAAAACAGUUUUAAAAGAUGAUGUUUUUCUUGACUGUACGUCGUCAUCGCGUCACACAUCCAGCCGACGUAUCGACCGACUACAUUUCCCACAGUCCCAAACGCGCGUUGCGUCUCCGUGACGUCAAUUGCACUUCCGGUUCAAAUGUCGACGGCUCCAUGACGUGACACAGUUGUUUGGGAAAACAACCGAGUGCGUCUUCCAAAACCGACCGACAGGCCGACCUCGACUACAUCCUCGCGGGCACCGCGAGCACCCGCCGCAGCGAUGGAGGCGGUCCCCCGCAUGCCGAUGAUAUGGCUCGAUCUCAAGGAGGCGGGAGACUUCCACUUCAGCCCCGCCGUCAGGCAGUUUAUCUUGAAGAACUACGGGGAGAAUCCCGACAACUACAACGAGCAGCUGAAGAAACUGGAUACGCUGCGGCAGAGCGCCGUGAACGUAACCAGAGAUUUUGAGGGAUGCAGCACGUUGAGGAAAUACUUCGGUCAGCUUCAUUACCUUCAGAGUCGUGUUCCCAUGGCAACAGGACAGGAGGCAGCUGUGUCCAUCUCAUGGACUGAAAUCUUCUCCGGUAAAACUGUGAUCCAUGAUGACAUCAGCUAUGAGCAGGCGUGUAUUCUCUACAAUCUUGGGGCACUGCACUCCAUGUUAGGAGCCAUGGACAACCGUGUGUCUGAAGAGGGCAUGAAGGUGUCGUGCACGCACUUUCAGUGCUCGGCCGGAGCUUUCUCCUACCUGAGGGACCAUUUCAGUCAUAACUUCAGCGUGGACAUGAGCCACCAGAUUCUCAAUCUCAACAUCAACCUCAUGCUGGGUCAGGCUCAGGAGUGUCUUCUAGAGAAAUCCAUGCUGGACAACAGGAAGAGUUUCCUGGUGGCUCGCAUCAGUGCUCAGGUGGUGGAUUACUACAAGGAAGCCUGCAGGGCUCUGGAGAACUCGGAGACGGCUUCCAUGCUGGGAAAGAUCCAGAAGGACUGGAAGAAGCUUGUCCAGAUGAAGAUCUACUACUUCGCCGCCAUCGCGCACCUCCACAUGGGUAAACAAGCCGAAGAGCAGCAGAAGUACGGCGAGCGGCUCGCGUACCUUCAAAGCUCAUUGGACAAAUUGUCUGAGGCCAUCAAGCUGGCAAAGGGUCAGCCCGACAGUGUCCAGGAUGCCCUGAGAUUCACCAUGGAUGUCAUUGGUGGCAAAUUCAACUCUGCAAAGAAGGACAAUGACUUCAUCUAUCACGAGUCGGUUCCUUCUCUGGAAACGUUGACGUCUGUCAAAGGUGCGCCCCUGGUCAAAGCCCUCCCCGUCAACCCCACAGACCCCAGCGUCACCGGACCGGACCUAUUUGCCAAGCUGGUGCCGAUGGCAGCCCACGAAGCCUCGUCGCUCUACAGCGAGGAGAAAGCCAAGCUUCUGAGAGACGUCAUGGCCAAGAUCGAAAGCAAGAACGACACACUGGAUCAGUUCAUGGACUCUUUGGGUUUGGAGCCAGAGUCCGUAGACAACCUGGAUAUGUACAACCACAUCCCACCGGUCCUGAUGGAGAAGUGCGCCGCUCUCAGUGUGCGGCCCGACACCGUCAAGAGCCUCGUUCAUUCCAUGCAAGUUCUCUCCGGCGUCUUCACCGACGUGGAGUCAUCCCUGCGAGAGAUCAGAGAUGUUUUGGAGGCAGACGAGGUGGGCGAGCGGACCCUUCAGGAAACCGGUGCCCCGGCUGAGUUCCACCCUGCAGAACAGGCUCAGCUUCUGGCAGACAUCCGAAGGGACCUGGAGAAAUACAUGGAGGCCCACGAGAAGGCCAGCUUUACCAACACAGAACUCCACCGGGCCAUGAACCUGCACAUCAGCAACCUACGUCUCCUGGGCGGAUCCUUGGAGAGUCUGAGAGAUGCCCUACCCCGCCCACAACUCAGCGAAGAGGAAGUCGCUGGGCUGCAAUGCAUGAAGCGCAUCCUGGGGAAGGUUCAAGAAAUGAGGGACCAGAGAACCACAUUGGAGAAACAAUUGCGGGACCUCAUCCAGCAGGAUGACAUUACGUCCACCCUGGUCACCACGGAGAGAGCUGACAUAAAGAACGUGUUUGAGGAGCAGCUGAAGAAGUACGAGCAGGUGAAGGUCUAUAUUGACCAGAACCUGGCAGCUCAGGAGAACAUUCUGAAAGCUCUGACCGAAGCCAACGUUCAGUACGCAUCGGUCCGCAAGGGCCUGAGCCAGACGGAGCAGCAAUGGACCGGCACCGUACAGGGAUUGGUGGGAUCCUACGAGGCCUACGAGGACCUGAUGAAAAAGUCACAGGAGGGGAAGGAGUUCUAUGAUGACCUGGAGGCUAAAGCGUCGCGUCUACUGGAGAGAGUAAAGACAUUGUGUCAGGCGAGGGUGGAAGAGAGGAAGCCCAUCGUUGAAAGAGAGAAACUAAAGAAACCUCCAGCGAGACCCACAGCAGCAAAGCCGUCCUUGAAGCCAAGAUCUCAGGAUGAAGACUCUAGUCUGGAAGAUCCAGAGUUAGCCCAAAUUAAUGCCGCUAUCUUAGCUUUACGAGAAGACCAGCCAGCUGAGCUUCGCAGCCUCCCGCCCGACAUUCCUUCUCUUCCCACCUCUGCGGGUCAUCUGCCAGGUCCGGAGGUCGUCCUCCCCCCAGGUGCAAAUCUGGGCGGCGGCAGCUCAUUGUCUUGGCCCGGUUCUUCGGCUGCCGGUCUUCCUCGCUUCCCGGCCAAUCUCCCGCCACCGGAGCUUCUGGCUCGAAUCGCUCAUUUUCCUACAUCUGGCACGCUGCCGGCACCAGGACCUUUGGCAUGCAGGCCCAUUCCUCAUAUGGCUCCUCAGAUGCCUUCACAACACCCUACACAGGCAGCUUACAGGCCUCAAAUCCCUCAGGCGGUUCCGGUUUGUCCUACUCCAGUCCGACCGGCAACCACCACCGUGGACAGCAUUCAAGCCCCUAUACCCAGCUACACUCCGACACCUCGCCACCCUCUCCCACCUUCGGUUUCUACUGCCUACACCGGACUCCCACAAAUGGGUGCCUACCCUCACUUUGUGCCCCAAAUGACACAGCAGAAGCAGGUGCGAGCUCAGUACCCAUUACCUGUGGGGCAGCCCCAGGCCCCAGGCUACCAAGCUGCACCGAGACCCCUUCCUGCCCCUCACGUUCCACUGCAGGCCUACCCUCAUGGAUACAUGCCUCCGCAGCACGGCGUCCCUCAACAGUACCCUCAGGUUUUCCCUGGUCAUAUGGGACCACAGCAGAACGGCUACCAGGCUCCGCCUCACAUACCCCAGGGUUACCAGGCCCCUCAGAACUACGCUCCCCAGCAGCACCCUCAGGUGAUGCCAGGCCCGAUACAAAGAUCGUCUCAGGGCCUUAUUCCUCCACAAAAUCCUCCCCUCCAACUCUCCCCAACAUCUCAGACUGUGCCACCCGUUUCUCAACCUUAUAUCUCUCACCAACACCUCCCAAUGCCCUCCAGUGCCCAGCAACUGGCACCGCAUCCCCAAAUGCCAAGUGGCCCUGGAGGGCCAAUGCCUUCUCCCAGCCAGACAAACCACCCAGCACUUCACCCACAGAUGCCUCCUGCUUCACAACCUCAUUUGCUUCCUGGUUCUCAGGUCCAUAUUCCAAGGGGUCCUAUCGCCCACAUCCCGCCCACCUCCCUCGCCCCGCAGCACCACCCCCUUCCUGGACAUUCUCCCAUGCCACAACCGCCUAUGUCCAUGCCCAGUCACACCCAAGUCCAAGCCCACCAAACUGGGGGCGUUUGCUACCCUGGAGGACCCCCCAUGAUGCCGCAGCAGCAACUGGCACCACAGCUCGUUGCCCCGCAACCGCCUCAGGUCUCCCUUGGCAUCGUCCACUCACAGUCUUCUAUGUACCCAUCAGCUCCAGGAGCUAAUGUGCCCCCAAGUGCCCCAAUGAGACCCCCUGGCAUUGUCCCACAUGGUCUACAUCCUCACAUGCCCCCACAGCACAUGCUUCAACCCUGUCCUGGAGGUCCACCGGCAGGACAACCACCCCAUCCUCCCUCUCCUUCUCCUGCCUUGUCUACAUCCCCCAUUUCUGCCCCCCCAUGUCUGGUUGGACCCACAGUCCCUAACAUGAGCGGUGCAGUUCCAGCAACCCUUCAGACUCCCUCAGCUGUUUCUUCUCCUUCCACUUCUCUGUUUGAGCGUCAGAACUCCAGCAACCACGACCUCCUCUCCUCCAGUCCUGAGAGCCAGCCCGGGGGCACGAAGUCCCCCACCAAUGUCCUCCAGCCCACCAAAGCAGACCCUCAGGAGGGGGAGCGUCGCAAGAAGGACUCCCAGGGUGUCCUUCUUAUCCAAGGCGAUCCGUACCAAUCUCCGGAGCUCGUGGCCCGGCUCCACGGUGAACUGGAACGUUUCCGCGAGCAGGUCGAGUCCCUGGAGGAGCCUGAUGAGGGCGAGAGGGGGCUGUCUGAGUUGGAUUCACACUGGAAGGAGCUCCAGGAACAGCAGGAGAAAGACGCCCGGCAGCUGUCAAUCGCCAUCGCCCGCUGCUACACCAUGAAGAACCGGCAUCAGGACAUCAUGCCCUACGAUCUCAACCGCGUGCUGCUGCAGUCGGGCAAAGAUGACUACAUCAACGCCAGCUACAUUAAGGACCUGUCUCCAUACUGCCCGCAAAUCAUUGCCACGCAGGCACCGCUCACCGGCACCGCUGCAGACUUCUGGUUAAUGGUCUACGAGCAGAAGGUCUCCUUGGUGGUCAUGCUGGUGUCAGAGCAGGAAGUGGAAAAGGGAAAAGUGGUGCGCUACUUCCCAACGGAACGUGGCCAGCAGCUGUCUCAGGGUCCCAUCACGCUCUGCUUGACCACGCACAAGACCACGGCCACCCACGUCGAGCGCAUGAUCAGCUUGCAGUACCGUGAGCAGAGCCUGAAGCGCACCGUGGUCCACCUGCAGUUCACUUCUUGGCCAGAACUGGGGCUCCCUGACAGCAAGAGCAACCUCCUGCACUUUAUCCAGGAGGUCCACGGACACUACCUGCACCAGAGACCCUUACACACUCCUGUGGUGGUCCACUGCAGCUCUGGUGUGGGUCGCACUGGCGCAUUUUGUCUGCUCUACGCAGCAGUGCAGGAACUGGAUGCGGGGAACGGCAUUGCAGACUUGCGAGGUCUGGUGAAGAAAAUGCGGCAGCAGAGGAAGAAUAUGCUGCAAGAGAAGCUGCACCUCAAGUUCUGCUACGAGGCCGUGUUAAAGCAUGCAGAGCAGGUCCUGCUGCGACAUGGCAUCUCUGUGGCAACCGGGAGCAGGAACGCCUCCUCUACCGCCUCCAAGCCAUACUCCCGCCAGGAGUCCCAGCAGGAUCUGGUUUUGGGUGCCGACAUGCCCAUCAGCUCCAUACAGGCCACCAUCGCCAAGCUCAGCGUUCGCCCCCUCGGCGAACUGGCCCCAGAGGACCUGGACCUGGACGAUCAGAAUGAUCCGACCAUCUCCUUUUCGCCGGCCCUCAACUCGCCGGGUGAACCUGGCCACGUUCCGGAGCCUGUCGCCACCUGCCCGGGCCCGCCCCUGUCACCUCCCGACUGCCCGGGGUCACCGCCCGCCUGUCUGCCCUCGCCGCCGCCCAACGGUCUCGAUGAGGCGUCCCCGCCGCCGGAGACUUCGGCCACCCCUCCGCCGCCUUCCUCCUUAGAGCUGCUGGCGUCGUUGGCACCCGAGGCUUUCUCGAUGGAUGGCGGCGGGCGAGGGAAACAGCGGGUGACCAAGCAGAGCUUCCUGCAGCCGGCGGAGGGCCAGGGUCUCCACGGGACCAGGGGAGCUGAGAGCACAGACCCGCUCAGCAGCCUGGACCCCCUGUGGAGCCUCAACAAGACCUAAAAAAAAAAAAAAAAUCCCAGCAUGCACCACCAUCACCAACCACUUUUUUUGUUGGUAAGGCGACCAAUCAAGCAACUUCCUUUGUAAAUAUUUUUAAGGUUCACUAAUGUUUAACAAGUAAAUAAAGUAAGCGAGAUGCCACAUUUACUCAAUGCCUCCUUAUUGGCGUAAAAACGGCAAAAAUUGCAACCGGCACAGAAAGCCAACGAGGGGGGAGGGAUGCGUUUCCUGCCUCUAAAUGUCGGCUCUUAGGGUUAGUUGCCCACGUGGUCUUUGUGUUUCGGGAGUGUAAGUUGGAUCCUAACUUAGGUCGAACCGACACCUGCACGGAUAAGAAUGACCAAUUUGGAAAAACACUGAAAAUGUCUGUUGACUGGGGUGGGGUUGCUCCCGUUUUUGGUCCUAUCUCCCGUUUUUGGUCCUAUCUGCACGGUUACACUUUUUUCAAGUCAUGCCCGUCUGAAACAGUUUUUGAUUCCAGCAUCCUUGUCAAUUGCCCUCGCUCGAUCGUCCUCCUUUUUUUCUCACAGUUUCGCCAUCGUAAAACUUUGAACACACCGUCGCUCAGUUCGCUAACUCACAAGUUACACUGCGAUUUCUGAGUACCGAGAUCUCACACAUGUACAUGGCAAUGGUGAAACUCGAUUAACCAACACGAUUGGAUCGUUAUACUGUGUGUUGUUGUUCAAUCAAGUAAUCUGCCGCAAACAAGUUUUGUUUAUGUCGCAAAAUGCAAAUAGUUACACUACCGAGCAUGUUAAAACAGUGAUAGUCAUAUAUGAUAGAUAGAUGACAUAUGAUAGUCGUGCUUGUGCUGCACUAAGCUGAACUUGCAGCUCGGCGCCCACCACCGAGAGGCAGGCGCAUGAUCUCCCCCCCCCCCAAAAAAAGAAAAAUUCCUGCACCAGGUGCAAUUUGGAAAGGAGCAGUGUGGGUUUUUUUUUUUCCCUUCAGAUUUUUAUUCCGUCUACGGAUGUGGAAAUCGCGGAAAUGGAGACAUUGGGAAGCAAUUUUUCUGUGUUCCAAAGCAUGGAGAAGAUAGAAUGGAGUUACUGAAAAAAAAAAAAAACGGCAACAAAAGUGGCUGGCGAUGUGCAGAUUUGAACAAAGCUCAAGUACACAAGUCAAAUAGUUAUUUGGAAGUCCGUUCUGAUUAUUUUAGAAGCGGUAAGCGCGUGUAUUUCUCGUGUCCGGAUAUUCUACUUCAAGGAAGUCUUUCAGGUCCUUUGAAAGUACAUCGUCGUGGAGACUAUACAGCUCGCUAUCUUCACAGACUUUGAUCUUCUGUACAUAUCUAGCUUUAGCGACAUCAUCGAGUGACGUAGUCAGAAAACAUCCGCCGCUCGCCGCUUACGCGUCGGUCUGUUGACGUUGCCGUGGUGAUGUCUGCAACGCCUAGCUUGUCUGUAGAAAUGGCGGCGAUUAGCACGUGAUUGCAACCCAAGAAUUGUUGUUUGAUAACGCAAAUAGGGCUUUCAAUUUCUCAGCGUUAUCAUUUAUGAUAUGACAAUUUGAAAUUUUGGUACUGACUUUAACAAAAGUCACAGAUACACAUGAUUUGCUCUAAUAGACCACAUAAAAUCAUGCGGAAGGCCAGAUCUGGCCCCCAGGCCUUGCGUUUGACACCUGCGUUUAAUCUUCUGUACAUAUCUAGCUUUGGCGACAUCGAGUGAAUUGCAGUAUAGGGAGAAAACAUCCCCGCUUUUUGCCGCUU